GUUCUGUCACCCACACUGCACGGCAGAAAGACGCCGCGGCACCGAGUUCCUGCCGACUCAUUGUCUGGAUUCACCCUUUAAAGACUGGAGAACGACAGCUUUGUGGCCAGACAGGAAUAGAUCUAAGGUUUUCAACCCUUGCAGGCCCAGUCAUUUCCCAGCCUGUCGCUCUGCUGUGAAGUGUCACACAGAUAUUAUACUGUAAGGAAAUGGAACAUUUAGAAGAAGAAAUGACCUGCUCGGUCUGCUUGAGCGUGUAUGAUGAUCCUCGAAUUCUACAGUGCUCACAUUCGUUUUGCAGGAAGUGCCUUGAAAACUUAAUCAGGUCUUCAGAUGGCUAUUUAUGGAGAUUGUCAAUGGGGAGAUUGAAAUGUCCAGCCUGUAGAGGGACCACAGACGUUCUCUCAGGAGUUCACUCGCUACCUGUCAACUUUGCAUUGAAGGCCAUUGUGGAAAAAUAUAAAAGUAACCAUCAAACAAAAACCUGUGCUGAACAUAGUAGACAUCAGCUAAACAUGUUUUGUCUUAAAGACAGAAAACUGAUAUGUGGCCAGUGUCUUACGGUAGGACCACAUAAAGGUCACCCCGUAGAUGACCCAGAUGUUGCUUACACAAAAGAGCAGCAGACAGCUUCUAGAUUAUUCGCUGCCCUCAGUGAUAAGAACUUCACAGGUGUGUCCUCUGUAAUCCGGGCAUUAGAGGAGCAAAUGACCAACUGUAAAAACAUCGUUCUGGAGGACAAAAAGGAGGUGCUUGUGUUUUUUGACAAUUUGAUUGAAGUACUUGAGCAGAAAAAGCAAGAUUUUCUAUCCUCCCUCAAUGAUCUUAACCAACAAGUGGUUGAUGUUUUUGCUCCACAAAUAGAGGAGAUGAAGCAAAUACGAGAUGAAGAAUUAGAUCUAGCAUCUUUGUGCAGCUCAGCUCAGACAGAGGAAUCUCCACUGGUAUACCUAGAAACCAUUCAUGACAUACAACAAAGAAUGAUGGCUUUGAAGAAGCAGCAGCUGUUGCCCGUUCGGCCAGUUGAGAUCUACCCAAGGGUUGGCCAAAUAUUUAAGGAUAAAUGGCUAAAGUCAAAUACUGAGGAUGUUCCCCUGCUGCCUAUACCAAAGUUUGGCAUUAAUUUUCAGAAAAGGGAGCACCGAGCGAUUCAAAGCAGUCCUCAGUGUAAUUGGAUCCUAGUUGCUUUUCUCUUAUUUAUUAGUUUUAUAUCAUUAUUCAUUUACUUUAGCUCAGUAAUUCCAUCAGACUUCACUACUCGUUAUCAGACAUGUCUUUCUGAAAUCAUGGGACCAGCUCUUCAUUUUGGAGAGAGUCACGUAAAGACAGUUUCUCACAGGUUUUCUAGCUUAUAUCUUGACUUUAUUGCCCAUCUGCAUUCUUUACUUAAGCUUUGACUGGUAUACUGUAGAUUGUCUCUGGUACACAGCAUCACCCACAACCUCUCUGCCAGUACACAAAAGACAGACAGCUUUACAUCCAUAAACACAGGUGUAGUCAGGAUCCUUAUUACAUGGGAGCAUGGAUGAUGUAUACUGAAUCAUUACCCCCCCCCCCCCCCUCUAGAAGCUCCGUGUAAUUAGUUAUAGAGAUGAAUAUAUACAGAAAACUACUGACCAUAAUAUGGAUUAAAACUAGUACUGUAUACUGUACACAGAACCAUGACAAAGUGUACACAGGCUGAUACAUUGAGCAAUGAUCGAGAUAUUCAUUCAUUCCCGAUUUCAUUCCAUUUACAUGCAGCUCUCAUCACUGCUGUAUGGGGAUGAAACGUUACUGUGAUUGUUCAUCCCCCUAUGCCCGAUUUGUUCGGCAGAUUGCCUGCACAUUUACACCCACUCCUGUCUCGAGAACAGGACCCCGUUGUAUGCUGCCAGGAAUGAAGAGGUGGUCGUGCACACACAGCUCUCUUCAUUCACUAGUUUAGGACUUCUAAUGAUGAUAAUUAGCCUGAUCAACUGCCUGUGUGAAUGGGCCCUUAAGCUACACCUAAAGUUUUUGUGGUAAGAAUUUUUAUUUUUUAAUGAAAGUAAUCAAAACAUUAACAGGCGAUUUUUCAAGAGGUUUCCAAAAGAUUUUCAUGUUCCUCUAUGAAGAAAAAAAGUAUCUGUUUGCUAUUUUAACCCCUUAAGGAGACAGCCAUUUGUUUUAUCCUCCCCGCCUUCCAAGAGCCGUAACUUUUUUAAGUUUCCGUUCACAUAGCCAUAUGGGAUAUGAGGGAUUAUUUCCUUUUUUUUUUUUUUCCAGGAGAAGUUCUACUUUUCAAUGGCAUCGUUCAAUUUAUCAUGUCUUGUAUUGGAAAAAGGCAAAAAAUUCUAUGUUAGUUAAAAUUAAAAAGACAAAACAUAAUUAUGUCAUUUAGUUUUUACAGUGUUGAGUGUGCGCUAAAAAUAACAUCAUAACCAGUACGAUUACAGUGAUACCAAAGUUAUAUAUUUUAUGAUUUACUACGUUUACAUUUUUUUGCAUCACCAUAUUCUGAAAGCCAUAACUUUUUUAUUUUUCAUACACUGAGCUGUGUGAAGGCUCACUUUUUGCGGAACAAGCUUUAUUUAAUUUUUUGUACCAUUUUGGGGUACAUAUAACUUUUUUAAAUCACUUUUUAUUCUAUAUUUUUUUUUGGCGGGGGAGAGCCACAUGACCAAAAACCCCCCAACAAAUUGACCUUUUGUCUGUUAUGGCAUUGACCAUGUAUAAUAAAUAAUGUUUAGAUUUUAUUAGUUUGGAAAUUUUGGGAUGUGGCCAUACCAAUUAUGUUUUUGUUUUUUAUUGUUUAAUUUUAUGUAUAAAAUUGGGGACAUGUGAUUUGCAUUUGUAAUAUUUAUGUGUUUUUUUUAAAACUUUUUUUCACUGUACUUUUUAAACAAUCUUCUGAUUGCCUUUACCAUGAACUGCAAUAGAAAACUAUUGCAGUCUAUGGUAUUUUACAGGCUGCCUGUCAGGCCGUGUCUCGGGCACAACUUUAUAGGUAGCUCGCUAUGACAAGUCUGGGAGCUGUGAAUUCGCUGUGGGGGCUCUGAUAAGAGAGCCCCCUCCUGCUGUCUAACCGCACAGAUACCACAGUCGCUAUUGACAGUGACAUCUGAGGGGUUAAAUGACAGGGAUCAAAGUUAUCCCAGUCACUGCUGGUAGAUGUCUGCUUGCUGUAAUUUCAGCAGCAUCCACCACAUAUGGAGCCUGCUCGGUGUCAGGCUGCGCUAUGCAACUGCUUGACAUACAAGUACUGUACAUCAUAUUGCAUUAAAGGGGUUAAAAGUUUCUCAGAAAUCCCUGGACUUAGUGACUAAAAGAACCCCAGUGACUCACUUGGCUGCAGCAAUUUUGAAAAGAUUUUCAAGCUAAUCAAUGCAUUUCUAUGGCAAGUGAUUUCCGUGAUGUUAAUAAUCAUCACAAGUUGAUGUAGUGAGAGAAAAAGCUUAGGUGUAGCUGUAGCCUUAAAGGCCAUGUGUUAUCAGAAAAUGACCUAUUGUUUAAAUGAAGUUUUUUAUAUUAAAGAUAUUUUAAAUACUUUUUGGUGGUUAGUUUUAAUUUUCCAUGCCACUAUUUAUAUAUAUAAAAAAAUCCUAAAAUCCUGCUGUUUUCUCACUGGCCACUAAGCCUCAUAGUAGGCGCCAUUUUGUGGUCCAUACAGAUCACUAGUCAGCAGUCAUCUCAUUAUCAUCACAGGCAGGAUUACAAUUAUAGAUAGAUAGAUAGAUCCACCAUUCCCAAUAGGUGAUGCUCAUAGCUUAUCUACUCAUUCCUUGUACAGUAAACUCUCCUGGAGAAGUCAAUGAAUUCCUUCCAGUUUAUUGUCAUAACCAUGUUCAAUAGAUUACAAAAAUAAUAAAAAAUCAAUCCGAAAAGAAAAACAUUAGAAAAAAGGAUAUGUGCCACUAUCUGGUUUUAACUGCUGGAAAAAGGGAAUGUGUCAGCUAUAAUUUUCUCUGCCAGU